AUCACUUUGCCGCUUGUAACCACUCUAUUCUCUGGUGUUUGAAUAUAGUGACUGAGUCUUGAUCGUCACAGGCGCAUCAUUGCUAAACUGUUCCGAUCGGAAAUGUACCGAAACCAGUAGCACGUAGACAAAAUAAGAUACUGCAGACAACAAAAGCUCAGUUGAUGUAAGACAACUGGCUUUUACAUUUGGUGGUUUUGGUGUUGAAGAAUUGUUCCUAUUGUCAACACAUACACGCGCGAACAAGCUAAAGCAUCAUGGUGAUCCAAUUCUUGGGUUCUUACUAGCUGACCACUGCGAAAUGGACGCUAAGCAGUACCUGGCAGCAUUAAAUCCACAGCAAAAACAAAGUGCUGAAUCUCCUCACAAGUACACGCAAAUUCUUGCUGGUCCAGGAUCUGGCAAGACGCGUGUUCUGGCUGCUCGCGUCGUCCAUUUAUUAAAUGUCGAACAGUUUCAUCCAAAUGACAUUGUCAUUGCUACCUUUACAAAUAAAGCUGCAAACGAAAUCAAACAACGAAUUGGAAAGCUCGUUAAGGAUAAUCAUGCAAACAGUCUAGUUUCUGGCACUUUUCAUUCCAUUGCAUUUCAUUAUCUUCUACGCCAUGGCAAAAAGGUCGGCCUGCCUAAGAAUUGGACAGUAAUUGAUCGCACAGAAGCUACAAACAUUAUGAAGCAGUUGCUUGAACGACUAAGGAAAGCAAAGAAUCCUACCGCUGAUGGAAUAAGAGGACAAGAACUUACCCCAAAUGUUGCUCUUUCUCGAGUGUCCCGGAUGAAAUCGAGUGGUUUAAUCGCUAAACCUCACUGUGAACAAUUGUCUUGUCUUCCUGGCCUUACUGUCAAUACCAAUCAAAGCUUCCAAUCCACUGAAUUGUACAAACUUUAUCAAGCAGUACUUCGGAAGAAUGGCUACGUGGACUUCGACGACUUGCUCAUUCUUUUUAUCCAACUCGUUCAUGACCACACGUACUGUAUUGAUAAUAUUAAACACAUACUUGUGGAUGAGUUUCAAGACACCAGUAAAAUUCAAUAUCUACUAAUAAAGCUGCUUGCGAGGGAUACCUCCGGUAUCACAAUUGUUGGUGAUCCUGACCAGUCUAUUUAUGGUUUUCGAAGUGCUGAACUGGGAAACCUAGUAAUGAUGACCACUGACUUCCCUGAUACUCGAGUCUUUCACCUUGAAACUAAUUAUCGUUCUGCUGAUUCAAUCCUGGAGACUGCAAUGGCUAUCAUUAAUCAAGACAAAGCACGUCCACAGAAGACUCUUCGCACUAGUCACCGUCUUUCCAUCAAACCUUACUUUAAAGAAUUUGACUCAAAUGAUCAAGAAUCCGCCUGGGUCGCAUGUGAAAUUAAACGCAUGGUGAAAUCAUGUCCGGGAUUAUUCUCUUACAGUGAUAUUGCUAUCCUCGUCCGUUCUUCCAGCUUGACUCGUGCAAUAGAACACGCGCUUGCGGAGCAAGGAAUUGCUUACAAAAUGGUAGGUGUGCACAAGUUUUUCGACAGGGAGGAAGUUCGUGAUGUUGUUGCGUAUGCUCGUGUUGUGGCAUUCCGCGAUGAACAAGCAUUGAUGCGUAUCAUUAACGUUCCUUCUCGUAAUAUUGGAAAAGUAAAAGUAGAAAGAAUUCUCCAGGAGACUGAAAGACGACACACUUCAAUGUGGAACACGCUUUGCCUGCUGAAUAACGGCAGCUUUUCUUUGUCGCAACGCGUUGACAAACAGUUUCAACGCGAAUUGGGUAAAUUUAUGCAUGUCAUCAAUACCACUGAAGCGUCUUGUGAUUCGUCAGCUCCAUUUUCCAUCAGCUCUAUGUUAGAAAUUCUUCUGCGCAAAGUCAAGUACUAUGAGUACUUGAAGAAAAAGCAUCCUUCUACCUAUGAAGAAAAAUGGGAAAAUGUCAUGGAAUUGAUUCGUCAAAGUGAUGUUCUUGGUGAACAGGGUGUGCUGUUUGACGAUGAAGAUGAUAUUUCCGAAAAUCGUCUUGCUUUACACCGCUUCUUGGCAAAUGCUGCAAUUGUUGGAAGUACGGAUAACAAUGAAGAAACGCGUCAUCAAGUCACAAUCUCGACACUACAUGCAGCUAAAGGACUGGAAUGGCCAGUAGUUUUCCUACCCUGUUUAUGCGAUACCAUUCUACCACACUCACGGUCAACAGAUGUAGACGAAGAACGGAGAUUGCUGUAUGUAGGAAUUACUCGAGCGCAAGCCAUGCUCUACAUGUCUUCUUUCCGAGGAAUGCAGUCAAAUUUUUUUAGUGUCUCUUCUUCCGAAACUACUCAUAUGAAGAGGAGUCGCUUUUUAAGUGACAUAGUUGUGGACAAAACCUUGACUAGUGCUGACAUUGUCUUCAGCGAAACUCUGGCACUUGAAAUUGGCGCGAUCUUGGGGCGUGCUAACUCGGGUCCCGUUCAGAACAUAAUGCCGCAGGCUCUGGAGAAUGGAUUCCGGUCAGCAAAAGUGAUAGGAUCCAAGGACAUAUUACGGUUUGUUACAUGCAAGUCUUUGGACGAGGAAAACACAAAAAAUGUGUCAUCAGAUAAACCUGCACAGUUUGACAUGGCACAAUGGUGUGGUUUGAAAUCUGUACCAAAGGAAAAUAAAAAGAGCUUAACUGAACAGAAUAAGCUGCGGGCCAUUACUUCACGUUCGCAUUUCAACGAACAAACCCGUCCUAAUGUCACAUCCAUCAGUCAUUCAGCAAUAAGUCGACAAUCCAUGACACUUUCGUAUGCUUCAUCAAGUAAAACAUCUACUGCUUACAAAUCGCCAGUCCCAAACCUGAAGCGACCAGCGACUGUUGACACACAUGUGGCAGAACUAAAUAGUUUGUCGACAAAGCCAGCGCUUGCUCCAACAAAAAAGCGUUUGGGAAUGCGAUUGCGUCGCUCUAAAAUGCUCUAAAACGUUUAAUUCGUUUGACAAUCCAAACACACUGCUGUGGUUCCAUUCUUUUCAUACCUAAUUUAGAGUUAGCAUUAAAUAUUUCACGAGACCAGUAACGUCUUACAUUGGUAUACAGCAUUGUCGACAAACACACUCCGAACAUUGACUGCAUGUUGCAAAAUAUGUUCCAGUUGAACAGAAGUGACAGUUGGGCGUAUCAUGUUUUUCGCCGAGAUUGACCCCUACUGUAGUGUCUUGUGGUUCCUUUUUUAUUGAUAGAACUUUGUUUUUAGCAGCUUUUGCUGCUUUGCCUAUAGUAAAUAAAGCGAUGAAAGAUUUCACUAAUAAGUUAACACUGAAUCGUUUUUACUCAGCAAAUGCAUACCGUCUAAUUGACUUUUAGUCUUUUUAGUACUCGUAUAUCUAAAGCAUAACUCUUCAUCUUCUCUCCCUC